GUAGAAUGAUUAGAAUCACGGAAGAGUCCAAGACUAGUAUUUUUUUAAAAAAAAAAGUUGAAAACCCUUGAAAAACAAGAGAGACAGAGAGACUCUUUCUGGGUUUGAAGUCAUCAUCAAUAUUCAAUCAUCAUACCAUACUUGAAUUGAGAUUAGAUCCACCAUUUUAAUUCUGACAACAUAACCUCUCCUCUUUCUUUGUCUUCUUGUCCUUCUUCCUUUUUAAGUUCAUCUCCAAGUCUCCAACCAACCUACUUUUCCAUUUCUAUCACUGAAAUUAUUUCACAAGUUCUUGAGGGUGCUAAAAGAUUCAAGCUUGCUUGAAUUUACUGUAAAUUUUAGCCAAAAAUGAAGUAAAAUUGGGUUUUUUUAUUGAAGAUUUGAGGAACCCAUGUCUGCAAAUUCUGCUUCACCCAGUUCUCGCCUGAUGUCUGGUUGCAUUUUCUUAACUGAAGUAUUAUCUUUGGGAUAAUAUGGAAGAGAAAUUGAGGAUGAGGAACAAAUACAGGAAACCAACCACUUUGAGUUGCAGUGCAGGAAACAGAUGUUCAUUACCCGUUGCAGUCUUUAUUGUGCUGGUUUGCCUAUUUCUACUGCAACUUUACUCUCUUCUUCCCCAAAAGGAUGCUUUUAAACUGGACCCACAAAUCCACACCAGUAGACGUUUUCGUGAGCUUGACGAGGUUGAUGAGGAGAACAUCCAAAUGCCUCCUCCAAGGAAACGUUCUCCACGUGCUAUUAAACGGAAACCCAAAAGACCAACCACCAUUAUUGAUGAGUUCCUUGACGAGUCUUCUCAAAUCCGGCAUCUUUUCUUUCCUGACAUGAAAACUGCAAUUGAUCCAAACAAAGGGAAUGGAAGCUUCUAUUACAACCCUGGAAGAAUAUGGUUAGAUACGGAAGGAAACCCUAUCCAAGCUCAUGGUGGUGGCAUUCUAUAUGAUGAGAGAGACAAGACGUAUUACUGGUACGGAGAGUAUAAAGAUGGACCGACAUAUCAUGCCCACAAGAAAGGAGCGGCACGGGUUGAUAUCAUUGGAGUUGGUUGCUACUCAUCCAAAGACUUAUGGACAUGGAAAAAUGAGGGGAUUGUACUUGCAGCCGAAGAAAACGACGAGACUCACGAUCUCCACAAAUCCAACGUACUCGAAAGACCGAAAGUUCUAUACAACGAAAACACAGGAAAGUAUGUUAUGUGGAUGCACAUAGAUGACACAAAUUACACAAAAGCCCACGUGGGCGUGGCCGUCAGUGACUACCCCAACGGCCCAUUUCACUAUCUCUACGGGAAAAACCCUCACGGGUUCGACAGCAGAGAUAUGACGGUUUUCAGGGACGAUGACGGUUCUGCAUAUCUAAUCUAUUCUUCUGUUGACAACAGUGAACUCCAUGUAAGUCCUCUUACUAAGGACUAUCUUGAUGUAACAAAUGUUGUGAGUCCAAUUCUCAUUGGCCACCGCCGUGAAGCCCCCGCUAUGUUCAAGCAUCAGGGCACUUACUACAUGAUCACGUCGGGCUGCACGGGUUGGGCUCCGAAUGAAGCAAUGGCCCAUGCGUCCGAGUCCGUUAUGGGCCCGUGGGAGACGAUGGGAAACCCGUGUUUAGGGGGGAACGAGAUAUUCAGAGAAACAACAUUUUUCUCUCAGAGUACGUUUGUGUUACCCGUGAAGGGGCUUACGGAAUACUUCAUAUUUAUGGCUGAUCGGUGGAACCCGGCUGAUUUAAGGGACUCGAGGUACGUGUGGCUGCCUCUGAAGGUUGCCGGGCCAGCGGACCAGCCGUUGGAUUAUGAGUUCGGGUUCCCGUUGUGGCCUCGAGUGUCGAUUUUCUGGCACAAGAGAUGGAAACUUCCUUUUAGAUGGAGUGAAUAAAAUUUUUUGUUACCUCGAUUCGAUCAAUGUAUCAUAUACUACUACGAAAGAUAGUUCAAUUGGCUAAUUCUUUGUUUUGAUCAUACGAAUGAUUUUUUUAUAUGGUUUACAUGAUUUUAGUAUUAGCUUGUUAGGAAUAAAUUAGUGUUACUAUUGUUUAUACGUAUUGUGAGAAACUGAUGAACAUGUAUUGCUCUUUAGAGAAGCAAAUGAUCGGUUGUGUUGCAAGUUUAAUUUCAGAAAUGAUUUUAGCA